AUAAGAUGUGAAGACAAAUCUACUAGUUUAUUGUUUGAUAAUAUCAAAAAAAUUUUUAUUUUAAUUAAGGAGCUUUUUAUGUUUAUAGGUUCUGAUUUAUUCUUGAAGGUACUCAAUUCAGUCGUUGUAGUCGGACUUUAUUAUGGAUUUCUUACCACAUUUUCAAUAAGGUCCUCUUAUUUAUUCUUUGUGCGAACUCUGGUUCUGGAAAAAGAAACAAAUACAAAUAAUAAGGUAGCAGCAACCACUGGUUUUAUUAUGGGACAGCUCAUGAGAUUCGUAUCCAUCUAUUAUGCGCCCUUUUAUCUAGCUUUGGGUAGACCUCAUACAAUAACUGUCCUUGCUUUACCUUAUCUUUUGAUUCAGCUUUUCUUGAACACUGAAAAAAAAAUUUUUGCUUAUGGAUCUAAUAACCAAAAUUCGAUCCGUGAGCUAGAGAAUAUCUUUGUAUUCCUCAAUCAUCUUAUUUUUCAGUUGCUUAACACUUGCAUUUUACCAAGUUCAACGUUAGCCCGAUUAGUAAGCAUUUAUCUGUUUCGCUGUAAUAAUAAGAUGUUGUUUGUAACAAGCAGUUUGUUUGCUUGGGGAAUGGGACAAAUUUUAGUCAUAAAUUGCUUGGAAUUUUUAGCAGUCUGGAUACAGAAAAAUAAUGUUAUUAGGUCGAUCAUUCGAAAGUACCUAGUGAGAAAUUCUAUAUUUUUUAUUUUAGUAAAUUAUAGUUUUGGAACUCUAGUAUGUAUUCUAAGUAUUCAGUCUUUAGGCAGAACACCCUUACCUAUUCCUACUCAGAAAUUUAGAGAAAUUUAGUGAGGUCUCAAAAAUAGAACAAAGGGAAAAGGAAAGGUUGCAAAGGGAGGAAGAAAAGACGUAGAAAAAAAAAAGAAAUCCGCUGAAAAAGAUCCUUCCCUUUUUUCCGAAGAAAAGGUAUUUUGGAAAAAGAAUUGGACUUGAAGGUAAAUGAACCAGACUUGGAAGGGUCUGAUUCCGAAUUGGAAAUCCUUGAAAAAAAUGAAAAUAAAGAACAUAUUGUGGCUCUUCUUUUUGAUUAUAAAAGAUGGACUCGCCCAUUUCGUUACAUAAAAAAAUAAUAGACUUGAACAAGCUGUAAGAAACGAAAUGGCACAAUAUUUCUUUGACAUACAUAAAAGUGAUGGAAAAGAUAGAAUAUCUUUUACCCAUCCGAUAAGUUUAUCAACGUUUUUUUCAAAUAAUCAAAACAAAGAUACCCCUUUUGUCACUAGAAAAAGAUAUUUCUAAUACAUUGGACAAUUUUUGGGGUUUCUAGAAACAAACAAAAAUUAAAUUCUAUAAAAAUUGAUUGCUAAAUCGAAUUAAAAAUCUUGACAAACCAGUAGCAGUUCCAAUAAUCGAAAUUGAAACAAACAAAACGCGAUUAUGUAUACACAAUGAUGAGACUAGAAAAGAAUACUUACCAGAAAAGUAUGAUCCCUUGUUAAAUGGGCCUUCCCGCGGAAGAAUAAAAAAAGAUAUCACGUCGAUAAACGAUACUUCGAUCAAAAAGUUGAGAGAGAAGGUUAUGCUAAAUAGACUUCAUGCUUUAUUGUUGAUGUCUACUUUUGAAAAAAAGGAAAAAAAACCAUUACAAGUUGGUGAGUUCUCAACUUUAUCAUCAAGUUUCAAUUUAACGGAUUCAGAACAACUAACAAAAUUUUUAGUAAAUGCAAUUGAGACAGACGAUAAAAAAUCUUCUGCAAUAGAAAAAAUAGGUAAAGAAGAAAUUGGUAAAAAAGUCCCCCGAUGGUCAUACAAAUUAAUAACUGAAUUGGAACAAAUAUCGUAUUUUACAAAUCCACCAGAUGAUCAUGAUAUUCGUUCAAGAAAAGGGAUCAGUGUAUUAAUUUUUGAAGAACCUAAGACUCUCAAAGAUAAGACUACAAACAAAGAUAAGAAUACAAAAGAUACAAAUAUUCAAGCUAUAAAAUCCGACGAUAAUGAGAAAGAUAAAAAUAUUAAAAAGAAAAAGGAAGAUGAGGAUAAUAAGCUUUUUUUAUUACGAUAUCCGCACCAAUCUGAUUUUCGCCAAGGCUUAAUAAAAGACUCUAUGCGAACUCAAAGACGUAAAAUAGUUAUUGAGGGACUUUUUAAAGCAAAUGCGCAUUCCCCUCUUUUUUUUGACAGGAUGAGGAAAAAAACCUUUUUUUCUCUACCAUACCUGGCUCAACUGAAACGGCUUUUUAGAAAAUGGUCAUCCAUAAAAGAGUUUGGGAUUUUAGAAUCUACAGAGGAAAAAAAAAUAAUAAUAAAAAGAGAAACCAAAAAGGAAAAAAAACGACGAGAGGAAAUAGAACGGUUAGAGAUAGGGGAAGCCUGGGAGACUUUUCCAUAUACCCAAAUAAUAAGAGGUUUUUUAUUAAUAACCCAAUCAAUUCUCAGAAAAAAGAUUCUAUUACCUUCAUUCAUAAUCGGUAAAAAUAUCGGGCGUAUGCUACUAUUUCAAACUCCUGAAUGGUCUGAAGAUUUAAAGGGAUGGAAUAGAGAAACGCAUGUGAAGUGUACUUAUAAUGGUAUUCCGUUAGCUGACAAAAAAUUUCCGGAAAAUUGGUUGACAGAAGGUAUUCAAAUCAAAAUUUUAUUUCCUUUCUGUCUCAAACCUUGGCACGAAUAUAAAUCGCUAAAUUCUCGUGAUGACUUUUGUUUUUUAACAGUUUGGGGAAGGGAAACAGAACAACCCUUUUGGUCAUCCACGACAAAAACCUUCGUUUUUUAAGCCUGUUUUUAAGGAACUUUACAAAUUUGUAAAAGUAAAAAUUAAAUUUUUAAAAAAGUUUUCAAAAAAAAACACAAGUUCAAAAGAAACAAGAACAAUACACCCGAGUGUAAUAAAAAAUGAAAAAGAUGAUCUAAUAAAUAACCAGAUAAUGAAUCAACCCUUGAGUAAAAUUGAAAAAAUUACAGAUUGGAAAAAUUAUUCACCGAUAGACAAAAUGCAGGCUAUCACUCAUAGGACAAGUACAAUUAAAAAAAACUAGAAAGAAUUACGGAAGAUAAGAAAAGGGUCACUCUAGAACUUGAUAUGAACCCUUACAAAAAAAGUUCGAGAUUAGCCUUGUCAAAAAAUUUUUGUCAAAUGUUGAAAAAAAAAAAAAAUAGAUUAAUAUAUAAAUUUAAUUAUUUUAUAAAAUUAUUUAUUCAAAGAAUAUCUAAUUGUAUUUUUUUAUAUACAUAUAUCUAUUUGCCAAAUGACUCAAAAGUCUUUGUGGAAUCAACAAAAAUGAACUCUCUUUCAAAUUCAAAUAUAAAAACGCAUAAUAAUAAGCUUUAUAAGGAAAAUUCAGAGAGUUUUGGUGAUUUAUCCAACUUGUCACAAGCAUAUGUAUUGUACAAAAUAUCAGAAAGGGGUUUUUUGAACGUACGUAAUUUCAUAUCUGUUCUUCAACAAAAUGGAACAUCUUUCUUGAUUAAAAAGAAAAUAAAAGACUCAUUUCAUACACAAGGAAUACUUCCAUCUGAAGGAAUAAAAAAACAACUUAAGCGGCCUAGAACGAGUCAAUGGAAAUUUUGGUUAAAAGGGAAUUCUCACUACGAUUUAUCUCCUAAUUUCUGGUCUGCCUUAAGAUCACAAAAACAAAAAUGGAGAAAUAGGGCGAAUCGCUAUCGUAGGUCUAAACAAAAAUAUUUAGACAAAAGGACUUCCGGUAAAAAAUUAAAAUUAAAUACUUACAGGAAACAAAAGGAUGCUAACUCAGUCUUGAAUAAAAAAACAAAAGAUAAUUUAAAAAAAUGCUAUCGAUAUGAUCUUUUAGCAUAUCAAUACAUUCAGUAUGAAAAAAAUAGUGGAACCCCUCCAGGAGCUAAACGGGAAGCAAUUUCUUAUCAUUACAAGAUGUCACAAAACAACUUGUUUGCGAUAACGAAAAAUAUUCCUAUCACUAGUUUCAGAGGAAAAAUAGAAAGGUUAAAUAUUCCAUAUCCAAAAAAAGAUGUCGAUAGAAAAUAUUUGAAUUGGAAAAAUAUUGAUUUUUCUCUUAAAAAAAAAGCGAAUAUUGAGUCCUGGAUCACGGGUAAUUAUAACAAUACUCAAAAUACUCCAAUUUUCACUUACAAUUAUCAAUUAAUUGAUAAAAUGGAAGAAAUUUUGAAAAUUGAGCAAAUUUUUAAAAACGAAAAAGAUCCUUUUGCUCUUUUGAUUCAGAAAAAUACCGAAAUGAAUCGACUCCAUUCUAGAAAUUCUUUAUUGGAUUGGAUGGGACUGAAUGAAGAAAUACUCGACCGUCCAUUAACGGCUGAGGAACUUUUGGUUUUCCCAGAAUUUGUGUGGUUUGUUAAUUUAUAAAACUGAAACCAUGGAUUAUACCAAGCGAAUCACUUAUUUCAAAUUUGAAUCUUAAUGAAAUGACAAGUCAAAAGACCGGUAAAACUCAGAAAGAUAAAAAAGAUAAAACUGAGAGUAAAAAAAAAGAUAAAGCCGAGGGUCAAACCAAAAGUGAACCUGAGGGUCAAACCAAAGGUGAAACUCAGGGUGAAACCAAAGGUAAACCUGAAGGUGAAACCAAAGGUAAACCUGAAGGUGAAACCAAAGGCGAAACUGAAGGUGAAACUGAAGGUGAAAAGAAAAGUCAAACUGAGAUAGAACUAGAGUAUUCAUGAAAAACUAUUUAUUUUUUCAAUUUAGAGAGGAUUUUACUUUAAAUCAAGGCCUUUUCCAAGAUCUCCAAAUCUAUUGUCUCUUGCUUAGAAUGAUAAAUCGAAAAAAAAUGAUGCUAUCAUGGAUUCUAAGGGAAACGUUAAAUUUGGGUCUAAUGCCACAGAUGGAUCAGAAAGAGAGUGUUCCAGAUUCAAAAAGAAAUGUUCCAGAUUCAAAAGAGAGUGUUCCAGAUUCAAAAGAGAGUGUUCCAGAAUUUUUAAAAAAAGACGGGAUUUUUGGUCGACCCCCUUCCGCUGUCUAUCAAACCAAAUGGAGAAUUUCUUAUGUAUGAAACGAUAGUUAUUUCGUUGGUUCAUAAGAGUAAACAAAUUCUUAAUAAAGAAGACGUAAAACAAAGAAUAAUUCGCGCUCGAGAGAACAAUAAUUGUGAUCCGCUUCUUAUUGAAAAUAUUUUAUCAUCUAGGCGUCGUAGAGAAUUAAGAACUCUAAUUUGUUUCAAUUCACACAAAUGGAAUGGCGUGGAUGCAAAUUCUCUAGUUUCCAACAAAAAUAAAGUUUGGGAAGAAAGCAACCCUGGGCCUAAGGAUCAAAAUAAAUUAAUUGAAUUUUUUCUUUGGCCUAAUUAUCGAUUGGAAGAUUUAGCUUGUAUGAAUCGUUAUUGGUUUUAUACUAAUAAUGGGAGUCGUUUCAGUAUGUUAAGGAUCCAUAUGUAUUUACCAUUGAAUUUAAAUUGGUGGAAAUUUAAUUGAUAGUAGUAUUAUCUACCCUGUAGCAGGGUAGAUGGUAGCAGGUUAGAUGAAAACCAAUAUGGACACAUACCCUAUUUUAUACCUCAUUUUAAUUUGGAUCUAACUGAAUUGAGGAUACCAUAUAUCUAUCUAGAUCUAUAUAGAUAUAUUGUACCUCAUUAAAAGAAUAUUAAGUUGAAAAAAUUCACUUUGAUUUUAUUAAUGAACCCUAAAAGAAAGGGUUUUCUUUUGAUUUGAAUUGAUAGACUUAGUUAGAAGAAUUCCUUUUUAGCAAUAAAUGUCUUUCACAUCCAGUGAUAACCUGUAAAUCAUUUGAAAUGGCAGUUCCAAAAAAAACGUAUUUCGAAAGCCAAAAAGCGUAUUCGUAAGAACAUUUGGAAAAGAAAGACUAUUGAGGUAAGAUUAAAAGCUCUUUCAUUAGCAAAAUCUCUUUUAACGGGUAAGUUUCAAAGUUUUUUUUACAAAAAAAUAAGAAAACAUUGGACUCAUUUCUGUCAAGUUGAUUUUAUUCUAUAAUAUAGAAUAAAAGUAAAUAAUAUUAUCCUUUUUUUCUUUAUUUUUUGUUCGUUCGUUUUAGUUACUAAUCAAUUAUUUCAUAUCUAUGAAAUGAAUCUAGAACUUAAUUAUAAAAAAUUAUUUUAAAUGCAUAUUAUAUAUCAAUGAAGGGAGUUCAUUUAGUUUAUGAUAAAAAACUUACAAAACAGAGGUUCCGUUGAAUUUCAAGUAUGGAAUUUCACCAAUAGAAUACACCGGCUUACUUCCCACUUGAAAUUGCACAAAAAGACUAUUUAUCUCAAAAAGGUUUACGUAAAAUUUUGGGGAAACGACAACGACUUUUAGCUUAUUUAUCAAAAAAAAAUAAAUUCCGCUAUAAAGAAUUAAUUGAUAAAUUGGAGAUUAGAGAGACAAAAAACUCAUUCAUUUUGAAGUUGCAUAGCUUUUCAAACCUAUUAUAGAGGUAAAUUUAGAACAACAAUAUGGUUACUGAAACAAUUAAAAAAGAAUAGCUUGGGGUAGUGAAUAGAAAGACAUCAUGUCCUUUUGUCUAUUGAUUCUUACUGUAUAAAUUUGAAGGGAGUAUUUAUUUAAAACUUUAAAACAAUAGAUUGAGUUAAUUAAAAAAAAGAAUCCUUAUUUACCCCUAUUAGGUAGUUUGUAGGGUAGUUUGCGUAGUUAUAAAAAAAUGAUAAUAUUAAAACAUAAAAUAAUUUUUUUUUAUUUUCAAAACCAAUCCAGAAAUCUAUUGAUUAGAAUCCUUCUGAGAAUUCAUUGAGUCAUAUAGUAUCUAAAAACCAAGUAUCUUAUAAUUUUAUAUUGGAUAAAAAUAAUAUUUGGAGGAUACUAUAUCGAUAAUUCAUAAAGUUUAUAAAUUUAUUCGUCCAAUGGCACAUUCUGUAAAGAUUUAUGAUACAUGUAUAGGAUGUACUCAAUGUGUCCGAGCCUGCCCCCACCGAUGUUUUAGAAAUGAUACCCAUGGGACGGAUGUAAGGCUAAACAAAUUGCUUCUGCUCCGAGAACAGAAGACUGUGUAGGCUGUAAAAGAUGUGAAUCCGCCUGCCCAACAGAUUUCUUGAGUGUUCGAGUUUAUUUAUGGCAUGAAACAACUCGCAGUAUGGGUCUCGCUUAUUGAUCUGGUCCAGAAAAGUAUAUUUGAAUUCAUUCUAUUUUUAUUGAACACCCGUGCUCUCAAAUAGGAAAUAUUUUUAUUUGAGAGCACGGGUUUCACAAAUUUUUAGCUUUUCACGAAGUAAAAAAUUAAUGUCUUUUUUUAUGUUCGCGAAAAUGAACCAUAAGUAUGUAGACCUAAUCCAAUUAAAUUGACUCCAAAAUAACAUAUCCAAAUAAGAAGAAAACCUAUAGAUGCCACAAUUGCCGAAGUAGCACCUUCGAAAGUUCUAUUUCUUCGAGUAUGUAGAUAAUUGAAAACACUAUCCAAGUAAUAAAAGCCCAAGUCUCUUUAGGAUCCCCAACUCCAAUAAGAUCCCCACGCUUGGUUCGCCCACAAAGCCCCCGAAAGUAUUCCUAUGGUUAAAAAGAUAAACCCUAAACUAAUAACUCGAUAACUCCAAUAAUCCAAUUCUUUACUUAAUUGAAUCUUAUAAAAAUUUUUAGCCGAAAAAAUAUAAUUCAUUUUAAAAAUAUUUUCAUUUUUUCUAAAGGUAAUGACCAUAAGUGCUACUGAUAAUAAGGAGCCACAUAUAAGAGCUGCGUAACCCACUAUCAUCAUACUUACGUGCAUUAUUAACCACUCAGAUUGAAGAGCGGGGACUAUAUUGAAGAUUUUUUAAUUUCUGUGAAAAGACCCGAAGUAGCAAAAGCCUGGAUACAAAAAUUGAUUGGGCUUAUUAUUGUACUUAAUAAUUUUGUAUUUUUUUUAAAUAGGAAAGGCUAUUAAUAAGAGCAAAACUCCAGGAAAGAAAAAGCAAAGAUUCCGAUAAAUCACUUAGUGGGAAAUGGCCCGACGAAAUCCAAUGAGUAGCUAAUAAUCCUGUUAUACAUAAAAAAGUUAUGAAAAUGCACUUUUCUGAUGAAUUAGAAAGUUUUAUGUUUUCAUCUACAAAAAAGAUUUUCAAAUAAAUUUUAAUUAAAAUAGAAACGAGUAUUAUUGAAAGUGAAAUAUUAGUUAGUAUAUGUUCUAAGGUUGAAACUAUCAUAAAAAUAAAAAAAAAAUAAGAUUUUAACUCCGAAUUAGAUAAGAAAAAAAUGAAAAAGAACAAAAGAUUACUCUUAUUUUUUAUGCCGCUACUCGGACUCGAACCGAGAUGCGCUAGCACUGCUUCCUAAGAGCAGCGUGUCUACCAAUUUCACCAUAGCGGCAUGUUAUUUACUUUCACUCAUAUAUUUCACCCAUUUAUAGAAUUUAUCGAAACGAUAAUUCGAGUGAUGGGCGAACGACGGGAAUUGAACCCGCGCAUAGUGGAUUCACAAUCCACCGCCUUAAUCCACUUGGCUACAUCCGCCCCCGACUAAACUAUGUUAUUUUCAAAAAGGAAUCAAUAAAGGAGCAAUAACCGAUUUCUUGUUCUAGACAAGAAGGCGGAAUUGCUCCUUUAUUCUAUUUUAAAUAGAUUCUCUAUCUAUAUACUAAGAGACGAAGUCUCUAGCCAUUUGUAGCUAUAACUUGGAUAGCAGCUAGGUCUAGAGGGAAAUUGUGAGCAUUACGUUCAUGCAUAACUUCCAUACCCAAGGUUAGCACGAUUAAUUAUAUCAGCCCAAGUAUUAAUUACCCGGCCCUGGCUAUCAACUACGGAUUGAUUAAAAUUGAAACCAUUUAGAUUGAAUGCCAUAGUGCUGAUACCUAAAGCAGUGAACCAAAUACCUACUACAGGCCAAGCAGCUAAAAAGAAGUGUAAUGAACGAGAAUUAUUGAAACUAGCAUAUUGGAAAAUUAAUCGUCCAAAAUAACCAUGAGCGGCUACUAUAUUAUACGUUUCUUCCUCUUGGCCGAAUCGGUAACCUUCAUUAGCCGAUUCAUUUUCUGUGGUUUCCCUGAUCAAACUAGAAGUUACCAAGGAACCAUGCAUAGCACUGAAUAGGGAACCGCCAAAUACACCAGCUACGCCUAACAUAUGAAAUGGGUGCAUAAGAAUAUUGUGCUCAGCCUGAAAUACAAUCAUGAAAUUGAAAGUCCCCAGAGAUUCCUAGGGGCAUACCAUCAGAAAAACUUCCCUGACCAAUUGGAUAGAUUAAGAAAACUGCGGUAGCAGCUGCAACCGGAGCGGAGUAUGCAACCGCAAUCCAAGGGCGCAUACCCAGACGAAAACUAAGUUCCCACUCACGCCCCAUAUAAGAAGCUACACCAAGUAAGAAGUGUAGAACAAUUAGUUCAUAAGGACCCCCAUUAUAUAACCAUUCAUCAAUGGAUGCCGCUUCCCAUAUUGGGUAAAAAUGUAAUCCUAUAGCUGCAGAAGUUGGAAUAAUGGCACUGAAAUAAUAUUGUUUCCGUAAAGCAGAGAUCCAGAAACAGGUUCACGAAUACCAUCAAUAUCUACUGGUGGAGCAGCAAUGAAGGCAAUAAUAAAUACAGAAGUUGCGGUCAAUAAAGUCGGGAUCAUCAAAACACCAAACCAUCCAAUGUAAAGACGAUUUUCAGUGCUAGUUAUCCAAUUACAGAAACGACCCCCCAUAAGCUUUGGGUUUCGCGUCUCUCUAAAACUGCAGUCAUGAUCAAUUCUUGGUUGAUUUUAUAAUCAGGGACUCCCAAGCACACGAAAUAAAAAAAAAAUAGAAUAAAUUAAAGGCUUGUUAUUCAACAGUAUAACACGACUUAGAUAUUCGUGUCAACCAAUAGAGCUAUCUAAUUUGAUUCCGCCCCCUUUUUUUAAGUCAAGCAAAUUUUCUCCAUUUAAUUUAAGUAUGACGAUUUGGUACUCAUAAUUACAAUCUGGAACUUGUUAGUUCGAGUAAAGAAUAUAUUUUUUUUUUAAUAUUUUUGUGAAUAAGCGUUCCUAUAUAUAUAUAUAAAUUAUAUAUAAAUUAUCUGUAGUCAAUUUAAAAAAGUUAAAACUAAGCUUACCCUUUAAUUAGACUUUUUUAAGAAAGAUUUACGAUCAAAUGGAAAAAUAAAACUUUUUGCCUCUAUUAAUAAUUUUAUAAUUUGGUAAAAAUUUGAAUUUGACAAGAUGCAUGAAUUUUUAAAAUUAAUAUGCUCUUCGAUACAAACAAUAU